AGAAGGAAGACAACAAUUGUAGAUCCUUAGUGCUCUCUUAGUUUGGUUGUUUUCUUGCAGACAUUUCACAACCAAACUAGGUAGUAUCAUCAGUGCUAGAAGAGAGUGGGGUUUGGAGGAGGAGGAGGAAGCGGAUGAUGAAGAUGAUGUGGAGGAGGAGAAGGAGGACAACUGUAGGGUUCUUGGUGCUCUCUGAGUUUGGUUGUUUUCUUGCAGACUUUUCAUUACCCAAACUAGGUAAUAUCAUCAGUGCACAGAACAUCAUCAGACCCUCCUAAGCUACAAAUAAUUCUCCUUUAUCGUUAAUCACUUCAAAACCCAAUUAGUCUUGCCAUGCUGGGGGACGAUGGCCCUGCCAUCUUGCUGUCCCUUGCACAGUGUCCCAUCACCGAGUUGGGAGUUUUAAAAAUCCACUCCACUCCGGCCAGAUCCUCCUGUCCUUCCCUCCCUCCCCUCACCAACCUUCCCCUCUCCAUUUUCCUAAAUAGAAACAGCUAACAAUAUGCAGUCAUUAUUAGCAAGGUCGGGAUUGGUGAUGGCCCAGAGGGAAUGAUUUCAAAAUAGACCAUGGAAGUUUUUUUUUGUUUGUUUUUUUGAAAGGCAGGAGGAUCUUCUUGGCUUUGAAAUGUUCCCUCUUUGCGAGAUGCGGGAGGCAAAUCUCAAUGUCCCUAAAAUUAUUUUAGGGAAGCCGGUAGAGAUUCUGACCUUUUCGUCUAAUCCAUCCGGAGGGAAGCACCUUUUGAAAUGGGUUGCUGCCAAACUUGGGCGGUCAGAAAGAUGAAGGUUGUCUGAUGAUGCUUCCCCGCAGGAGAAAACGUGCGUUUCCAUUUUAUUCCUACCCAAUGGCAGCUUUCCCGAUGGUCUUUCCUGAUUUAUAACGGAUAAAAGAUUUAGCCGGGCUCCUGAGCUGCUCUUCCUGCCGCAGGUUUCCUGGGUGACUGCUCCCUGCUCUAUGCUAGUAUCCAAUUCUACGUUGACUUGGAAGAUCAAUGAAAAGACUAAAGAUAAGCCAGAAGACAAGGGUUCAACAGGAAAGGAUGCACCGCCCAAGAAAGGCCUACAGACAGAAAGCAAGAAUUCUUUGGAAGAAAACAAAAUGGGGACCAAGUUGGAUGAGCAACACGGAUCACGUGAAAAGGUAAACUUGUCCAGCGCGGUCCUUUCCAAGGAGGACUCCAGAUCAUGUGCUGCAGAGAAGAUGGCCCAUCUUGAACCAACAGAGCCUUUGGGAUGGGCGAAUGGCUCCAAGGAUUGCCCCAGGCAAAAAGAAACUGGGAACAGGGACAUUGUCCAGAAGGAUGGUCCUUUCUGCUUGAGUGGCAGCAAUCCGACAGAGACCCAAAAUAUGGAUGAAGAAAAAUCUGCCCAGGAACAGGUGACUCCAAAACGGAAGGGAGGAGAAAAAAGUGGACUUGACACUCCUACCGGGGAAGCUGUGUCUUCUACCUCGAAGUCUGGCGGUGAAGUUAUAAGGACAAGGCCUUCAAUCAUUGCACAGAUGAAUGAUGCUCCGGGCAAGACUUUGCUGAGAAGCAAAGAAGGAAGUGUUGGUAGCUCUGCAGGUAGACAUGCUCCGUUCUCUUUGCAGCCAGUAGGUGAAGGAAGUAAGCAUUUGCAGGAGCCUCCUAAAGCUAAGGAGCCCUCGAAGGACAGCAGGACUGAGCCCACACAAAAACUGAAAGGAGUCCAUUCUCCCAAUAAGAGGAGCGAGCAGAUUCCUAAACUGUCAGGCCCUCCUUCACCAGCACCACUUCCAAAGGCUGAAGACAAAGGAGAAAGUCAACGCAAGACUCUCCCAUGUCCAACAUCCACCCCACAAGACUUUGAUGAAGAUCUGGGAGCUUCAGGAAAAAGUCCCAAGGAGAUGGCGAAGACCAUCAAAGACGUCAAGCCAGAAACUGUGGAAUCGCGGAGAGUUUCUUUAGUGAGACGAGAAAGCCAAUCCAGACAGGGAGCAGAGAAAGUUGCAGAGGUGACUCCAUUCGUAGGAGCCACCAAAGCAGAAGAGAUGGUCAUUGAUGACAGUCCUCCUCCUCCAGCUCCUUUUGAGCAUCGCAUUGUGAGCAUCAAACAAACCGAGUUAACCGCUUUGUAUACUGUAAGCCACGAUGAAGUGCUGGGAGGGGGGCGUUUUGGUCAAGUCCACAAAUGUACAGAAAAGUCCACGGGACUCUGUCUGGCCGCCAAGAUCAUCAAAGUGAAAUUAGCAAAAGAAAGGGAGGAAGUGAAGAAUGAGAUAAAUAUAAUGAACCAGUUAAGUCACGUGAACCUAAUUCAACUCUAUGACGCUUUUGAGAGCAAGAACAACCUCACCUUAAUCAUGGAAUAUGUUGAUGGUGGUGAGUUAUUUGACCGGAUCAUAGAUGAAAACUACAAUCUUACCGAGUUGGAUGCUAUCUUGUUUACCAAACAAAUAUGUGAAGGAAUUUACUACCUGCAUCAACAGUACAUCCUUCAUCUUGAUCUGAAGCCAGAGAACAUCCUCUGCGUGAGCCACAGUGGAAACCAGAUUAAAAUAAUUGAUUUUGGACUCGCAAGGAGGUACAAGCCUCGUGAGAAGCUGAAAGUCAAUUUUGGCACGCCCGAGUUUUUGGCUCCCGAAGUCGUCAACUAUGAUUUUGUGUCGUUCCCGACGGACAUGUGGAGCGUAGGCAUCAUAGCAUACAUGCUGGUCAGUGGCUUGUCGCCCUUCCUUGGGGAGACUGACGCAGAGACCAUGAAUUACAUCAUCAACUGCAACUGGGAUUUUGAUGCAGAAGCAUUUGAACAGGUGUCCGAAGAGGCCAAAGACUUUGUUUCCAGACUUCUAAUAAAGGAAAAAAGUGGCAGAAUAAGCGCAGCCAACUGCUUGAAACACGAGUGGUUGACCAACCUGUCCGCCAAGGCGAAGAGAUCGAAAAUUCGCUUGAAGUCUCAGAUGCUUCUACAGAGAUACAUGGCCCAGAAGAAGUGGAAGAAACACUUCCACGUGGUCACAGCUGCCAACAGACUAAGAAGAUUCCCUAACCUGCCCGAGUCUCCAGCUGCUGAAGAUAACUGAGAUUGGGUGAUUUUAGGGAUCCGUCCAUUUCCACCAGUUUCGUGUUUUCUUUCCUCCUCUUCCUCAAUUGUACAUCCAGUCGUCUGCUUAGGUUGCUGCCCUCAAACCUAGGAAGACAACCUUGGGACUUGCCUGCACCAAGGGGAGGUCUGACUGAAUGGGUUGUCUUGCAACUUAUCGCUUGCAAGAGGAGAGGAAGAAAACUGCUUGAAUUAUACCUCUUAGGCUUUCAUUUCCGUAAUUACCGUAUUUUUCGGAGUAUAGGAUGCACUUUUUCCCCCCUAAAAGGGGCUGAAAAUUUAGUUGCGUCUUAUACACCGAAUGUAGCCCCGCCUACCCACUGGCUUCCACCCAGUGGUGGGAUUCAGCCAGUUCGCACCACUUUGGGAGAACCGGUUGUUAACUUUCUGAACAGUUUGGCAAACUGGUUGUUGGAAGAAAUCAUUAGGACAGAGAACCGGUUGUUAAAUUACUUGAAUCCCAUCACUGCUUCCACCCUUUGGUUUCUGCCUCCCAGCAGUUUACCUCCCUGCAGCAAGCAGCAAGAAGAAACAGCCCCUUUCAUCUUCAGCACAGCCUAAUUAGCACAAGUUGAUUGGAUCGGCCUCCCGACUGUCAGCUGUUUUGCUCUCAGCUGUUCUGCACCCACCUCUGCUGCAAGGAGGUAAUUGCUGGGAGCAGGUUUGUUUGUUUUUCCCUUGUGCUAAUCGCUAUACUGAAAAUGAAAGUGAAGCAAGCUGUUUGCUGCAACAGGGCAAAAUUGCCGGGAGGCAGAGGCAGAUUUCUUUUUCUUGUUUUCCUCAACAAAAAAGGUAGGUGCGUCUUAUAGUCUGGAGCGUCUUAUGCUCCGAAAAAUACGGUGCGCAUUAGGGGUUAGGAAUGGCUUUUUCUGCUAGGGAAACGGGUUGUCUUAUUUUUAAGAAUGUUAGCGUUUUGAAAAGGUCAAGUCACGGCUGGAAGGUUGAACUUCUUCAAGCAGAAAGUGGUAGCUUCUGCAGGGGUUGUGAUAGUUCUUUUCUGAAUUCGGUAUUUUUGCUUUGAAAGUAGAACUUUGGGUAGCGAUCCAUAGCUUUAAGAACACUUGUGAAGACGUUGUAUUGGGAUUAGAGUUCCGCUCUGGAGGGAGAUGGGCGGUACAGAAA